GAAUUUAGCGCGCGGAUGAUUUGUUUUGUGUUUCUAUCCUUACUUCAGUUCAUAUAACUGUACUGUCAAUAUAUACAGUGCUGGUAUAAUACGCAUGAGACUGCAGCGCACAUGCUUGUGACUUGUCUUUUUUUAUCUUCGACGUAGUUUUCUAGGAGCUGGUUUUGCAUCUAACUUUAGUACUUAGUAUCUAGAACAUGUAGAAAGUCGAUUCUAAAGGCUGGUUAGAUUAAGCCUAAGUUUUGGUCUUCGUUUUAUUACGGUUUAGUUAAAAUCGUACCGUGUGUCAACACAACAAAUCAGACUGAGACUCUGACUCAGAGAACUAACUUGCGCUAGUCUUUGUUGAGCUGCCUUGGCCGACCACGCCCAGGCCAGGCCAGGCCCAGUCCAGCCGGGCGGACAGAUGCCGACGAGAAGUAAUCCAUGUGUCUCUUAAUACAUGCUACAGGCGUGUCUCAUCUUCUCAAGAGUCAAGUUCUCUUUCUCUGAUUUUAGAGGGUGGGAGAUCGAGAUUCAGAGAGCAUCCCUGGCGCUGGCCCCACCAUCAGACCAUGACCAUGGGGCUACCUCUUGUUUCUCACUUGGAACUCAAAGCCCUUGCCGAAGAAGUGUCCCAUGAAUACUACACAAAUCUAGGGCUUAACCUGGGUCUGUAUGACCCAAAGUUGAGGAAUAUUCUGAGAGACAAUGGUUCUCAAGAAAGAGCCACUUAUGACAUGUUAUGCUGCUGGUUGGGCGAAACGAGAGAAUGCGAGAGAAGACCAAGACUGGUGGAGGCUCUCGAUGGUAGUCGUCUCAGACAUCUUGCGGAUAAAAUAGAGCAAGGUGCCUACUGCCCAAGGAUUUUGAACAAUGACAUACGGCAAGAUGCAACCGACGAGCAGAUUGACCAGUGCAAGAAGGACCUCAUGGAAGAAUAUGCCAUUGCAUGGUGCCAAGUGCAGACGAAACCGCUGGAUCCAGAUACCUUGCUAGCACUAAAUCUCAUCUACACCAACUUGGUGUUACUUGGUGAAGACCCCAAAUCCAAAUCAAAGCCAUUGAACUAUGAAGACAUCCUAAGCAACAAGAUUAAUGAUGUCUUCCUGCGCCGUGUGCUGGUGCAAGGGGAGGCUGGGGUUGGUAAAACAACCUUCCUAUCUAAAAUCAUCAAUGAUUGGAUUGAAGGGACCCACUUUAAGGAGUUCAAGCUGGUCUUGCCGGUUCGCCUCAGGGAAGUGAAGGAUGGGAAGACUGUCGGGGAGAUAAUAAAGCAGAAUUAUUUGCCUGAUAAUGAGGUUACUGCCAUGCAACUGGAUAACUACAUCAAGAAGAAUCAAGAGAAGGUAUUGAUUCUCCUAGACGGCUAUGAUGAGCUUGCUGAGCUCUCUGCCAGUUCUAUUCUGAAGAUCCUUAAGUGUCUGGAGUACAAGAAGUGCUCCGUCAUCAUCACCUCCAGACCUUGGAAAGCAAACCAAAUACGGCACGACAUCGAACUGCGGAAGCGCUAUGCCUUCGUGGAAAUCAAAGGCUUCACAAGAGAGAAUGUAAACAAGUUUGUCUCCCGGUUCUUUAACAAUGUUGGCAAAGCCCCAGAGUCUGCCGAAAGCCUUGUCAAGUUCAUGGAGAAGGGCAGCCUGAUUGCUGAGAAUAUGUCACCCUAUCCCAUCUUCUGUGCCAUGUUGUGUCAUCUGUGGGAAGAGGAAGACCGGCGGGAGGCAGUUCAAAAGUUAAAAACUUUCUCCCAACUCUUCCAGGAGAUCAUUCAAUUCUUGAAAGACCGCUACUUUGCCAAGCGCUGCAAGAAUUUAAGUCUACGCUCCUGUCAGGAAAAAAAAAUGGAUUUAAAGAGGGAUCUUGAGAAGAAUUUCCUCCAGCUAGCAGAAGUGGCAUUCAGGGGACUUAUGAAGAAUGAUAUGGUGUUUCCUGAAGAUACAUUCAGUCAGCAAGUUCUUCGAUGUGGAUAUGAUGUUGGCCUCCUUUCGAAUGAUAGAAAGUGCCUUGGUAAAUCAGAGAGGAAGAGGCCAUGUUUGAUGGGGAAUGUGUUCUUUCCCCAUAAACUGUUUCAAGAAUUCCUAGCGGGUCUGCACCUGGCAGAGCAAGAAAAGACAAAUCCCCUAGAGUACAAGGAUCUGCUCAAUACAAUCCUCAGCAAGAAUAGGGAUGAGAUGAAAUUCCUGCUAUUCUUUGCUGCUGCCCAGGAGGAGAAGGUAGCCCUUGAUAUCACAUCAGGCCUGGUCAACAAACUUGAACAGUCAUCUGUGCGAUCUACUGUAUGUGUGGAUAAAACACCUCACAAGCUAAUAGUCGAUGUGGUCUUUGAGAGUUUUAGUGAAGAUGUUGCCAAGGUUGUGGAGACUAGGUUCCCAUCUCUCUCACGGGUUAAAGAACUCAAGGUUGAUGAUGCCAUGUCUGCUCACACCGUUGCAGGGUACUUUUUCACAUUUCAAAAUCUUAGAAGUGCUGUUUUCUUGGAACGACAAUAUGGCUACAAUCUUUCCAGCGACCUUGCAGACAAAGUAUGUACACUCAACAGUCUUCAGAAAGUUCACCUUGACAAAGCAUCAUUCCAUGAAGUCUUUUAUGAGAUCUUUGCAGCGGAGGCGAAAAACUCUCGGGUAAAGUCUUUCACUCUCAAAGGCAUUCCCAUAAAGUGUCCAUCAUCGUCAUGCCAUCUAGCCAAGGGUUUGUGUGACAUGCCCCUCUUGGAAUCCUUGAUGCUCCACCAUGUGACAUUUGAAGCAGAAUUCUACUCCACGUUGAUGAAGCUAGCCCAUCGUGCUAAGAUCAAGGAGCUGAAGGAGCUUCAUCUGGCUGACUUGAACCUUGAAUCAGAGGCUGUCACCUCAGGAAAUCUUGCUAAAGCAGUUUGCUCAAUGCCAAGCCUGAAGAAACUCAUCCUAUCUGAUUUGACUGUUCUCCAUGAUGAAUUCUAUACCAACCUUGCUGCCAAAGCUUCAUCUACCCAGAUUGAGGUCAUCAGGCUAUCUGACUUGGAGCUAACAGGGAAGCCAUCUCAUGACCUUGCAAUCUGUUUGAAUACCAUGCCUUGUCUUUACAGUCUGGCCGUUGUCAAGGGAACAGAACUUCAUCCUAGGUUCUUUUCAAUCUGUUCCACUCUUACUCAAGAGAAUGGCCAGGAUGAAAACCAGUCGAAAAGGGAUCAGAAUGGCUUCACCCUCACGCUUGACGACAAGACCAUCAAUGCCUGGUGUAAGCAUAAACCUGUUCCCUUCCAACCAAGACUUGCAACCUUUGUCUACCAGUGCAGCAAAACCGUUGAUGCAAAGACCUUGCAGAAGGCAUCUUUGCCGGAGCUUGCAGAGCUUCAAGUACAGGCUGCGUUGCCUAACCGUGAUCCUGAACUGCAGGAUGUUGAUGGCUUCAGCAAGGCAGUGACGUCGUCGUUCCCUGGUCUGCAGCGACUUGUCCUCACCCAUAUCUCCUUGGGAAACCAUAGGUCCAUGGUGAUCAUCAAACAGCUGAAGGAUCAUCCAAGUCUCCAGAGCAUCAGGUUCAUAGAGUGCCGCACUGACAAUGGGAUGGAUGCACUUUGCCAGCCAGGGGGGAAGAUAUUAGUUUCUAUGGAGCAUGGUAUGCGAGAAAAGAUGUAGUCUAUAGGAUGUCGGAUACCUCGAGUAUUAUAGAGCUGUCUGUCAUGGUUCCUGUGUUGGUGAUGGACUCUACAGAUUCCAUUGAUGUAAACAGUACUUCAUGUUGAUAUCCUUUAAUGGUUGUACUCUAUGCUAUGGGGUGACAUGAAAAAAAGCAUGAAUGGGAUUGAAUAAACCUACAGGGAUAUGAAUUUAUGGGAGGUGUUUCACGAAAAUUGUAAUUGAUAGCAAAUUCAUUUGAACACCUGAAAUCAAUCAUAUGGUACUUUUUCCUUCCCUCAUUGCCUUGAAUGCAUAAUGCAUGUUGAUUAGCACAUUUAGAUAUGCUCUAAGUAUUGCAAUUAAUUAGCAGAGUUGCAAUCAAUGUCUGGUCUCUGUCUAUUUUCUUUAAUAGGAAAGCAUCCAUUGAUUCGCCCCAGUUCGAAUUUAGCUAUCAAAUUCAAAUUCGAAAGUCAAAUUUGUGGAUAAAUUUCCUUUGACUCUCCUUUCCUGUCUAUCCGAGGGACAAUGAAUGUUUUUGGUGUUGAAUGUUGAUGGUUUCGAAUUUUUGUGCUGGUGAUGAGGCCAAACAAUCGCUGUCGAUAGCACCCACCUCAAAGCUAUUCUGCUGUGGGGAUUAACAUCAUUAAGCUCCCACAAAUAUCUUUUCCUAAAAACCUAAUUCCAAAGCUCAGUUUACCAACAUGGGAUACUCCAAAAACAAUAUUCAACAACUUCUUUGAAAUUACCAAUAGAUGUUUUUGAAGGGUUAUUCAUCCACUAUGCCUCUAGAAGAGAUAUCUUUAAGUCCAUUGCCAAUUUUUUUUUUAGAACAUGAGGUUUUCCAGCAGUCAGUGCCUUAUUGGAGUAGAUGAAAAAGUGCCAUUAACGUCAGUUCUUCCGUAAUUCCGUCAUAAUCAGAAAUUUUGUUGUUGGACCUUAAGCCGUAGGGGUUAUCGCAAGAAAUAUUUGCAAUCGUGUUGCAAUUUUACAAUUGAUCGGUUAAUUUUAGCUGUAUCAAAUCAGUUUAGACUCCUUGUUUCAAGAAGCAGAUCACUGAUCGAGUGCAAAUUUGGUAUGAAUUGCAAGACAUAUGAUUGAUUUCCGGACCCAAAAUAAACUUGCAAUUGAUUGCAAAUUCCUUGCAAUGCCCCCUUAAACAGACAAUAUGAGAAGUAAAUAUGUGUAAGGUGUUUUCAAAUGCUGUGUUUGUGUUGAGAUUUUGAAUAAGGAAUUCCAAAUUGAACACUUUGGGUUCAGAAAAAUUCUGCUAAUCACAUUUUUGCAAGCCCAAAUGAUAACAAUCCUGACAUUAGGCUGGGUGUAUUAAACAGCAUGUAUUAUUUUCGUUCAGAAUUCAAAACCCAAUUCAUUGUUUCAUCUACUAUUGAUAUUAUAAUUGUUAAGUUUUAGGUCAGAUGUGUGUCACCAAGCUUUACAUAGUAAGCAGACCAAAGAGAAACUCCAGAUGAUAUAUUUGAUAGAUUUUGUUUAGAAAACGCCUGAUACCAGAAGACACUGAUGUAGAUAUUAAGCAAAACAUUGUUGGGUGAAUUCUUUUUUCAAAUAUUGAAGGGAGAAAUACAUGGAAUUGGUAUUAACAAUUUUGUGGAAAUAGUUUUAUUGGGGAAUAUUGCAUUUCACAGUUCUCUCCAAUAUUUUUAGUGUGUUUUAUUUGGAUAAAUAACCUGAAGAUAAUAUGGCAUGAAGUGAAGAGUGUCUCAAAUCCUUUUCAGAAAUUUUAGCCACUUUAACAAAGAACUGUUGGAGAGAAUAUUUAAUAAAUCUGAAAGACCUGUUUCUAAUGUAAUGUAAAUGCAAAAAAUGGACGAAAUUGAAUUUUGUAAAAUAAUUUGUACUUGUUUUAAAUGAUGAAACUAAUUUUGGGAACGUAAUAUCCAAGGCAUCUGUCAGAAAUUCUUAAAACAAUUGCAGUUUUUGUUGGUUUUACUGUGUUCUUUGCAUUUUAAAUAAGAUGAUAAUAAUUGUUUUUAAUGUCAAGUCCUUGAAGUUUGUAAAUAUCUUUUUGAAAACUUUUAAUGAACCGUAUAUGCAACAGUGCAAUAAUAUUAGAAUUGUAGCGUCUUACUUGUAAAAAUUUGAACAAAGACACUUCAAAAAUAGCUCUAAGUGUUCAUUUUCACUUUUCAUCACAUUAGUAAAAAUGUCAUGAUGAAAUGGAACCAAGAAUUUAAACCAAAAUUAAAAGGCUGUAAAAAAUUGCAAUUUAUAAUGUGUCAAUAUAACAAAUAUUACAGUCUAGCUUUGUUCAUAACGUCUAUUAUUGGGGGCACCCCUGCAUUCAACUUUACUGACCAUGGUACAUUAACCAUGAAUCAUAUCAUAGCCCGAAACAAUUGCUUGGUUGUUGUUGAAUAAUGUUACCAUUCCAUUGUUUCAGUCGAUAUGAUAAAAAUAAUGCACAUUGUUAUGAUUGGAUAAUGUACUUGAAGUUUAUAUUGGUAUACAUUUUGAAGAUCAUGUUUAAAAAGUGCAGGUACCAUUCUUGAAAAGGACUCUUGAUAAAUUGUUCUUAUAAACACCUCCAUAUUAAGCAAAAUAUUAUCUUGCAAUAAUAAUUCUUGAAGUUUACAAGCCUUCAAAUACUUGUGGAUAAAUCAAAUCUGGAUUUACUUUUACCCUUGUAGGUACCAUUCUUGAAAAGGACUCUUGAUAAAUUGCUCUUUGUUCUUAUAAACACCUCCAUAUUAAGCAAAAUAUCUUGCAAUGAUCAUGCUUAAAGUU